AUGAAGGCGCGGUUAACACGUGGUGAAGAAACCAAGAGGAGGAACGAAGAGUCUCAGAAUCUCCCACAAAGCAAGCGUCGGAAGCGAAAAGACAGCCAUGCUGAUGCUAAUGAGGCUGCCAGCUUUGAAUUUGACAAGCAAGAUUUCUUCGAUGCCAUCGACGCGCCAUUGUUUCGGGUGUGCGGAAGCUGUGGUGAACUCGGCAAUGCAAACAACUCAAAGUUGAAACUAUACGAUCCCAAAUCUAAAUUUUUUCUCCUCUGUGUAAUGCCGAUGAAGAGUGCGAAAUCAUUCCUGAAGGCCUUGUAA